GGAGGGGUGCACCGCUAAUUCCAUAUGCCUGUAUGUCAAUUUAGGACUCAGAAUGCGUUUUUGUGCGCGGCUGUCAGCAUCUCCGCGCCUCAGCGGACGCACACAGUCUCGGUCCUGGAUUUCUACGCGUAUUUUUGUUAGAGGAGACGCUCGGGACGCGCGUCUACCUGCUCACACUGAACCUUUGUCUUUGGAUAUUGCUGCCACUUAAAAACGCAUCCGCACACUUGCGCCUCGUGGUUUUUUAAUGCGCUUUUGAAGUGAGCUACUGCGUAAUAACGAGCACACCCGAGGGGAAGAGUCGUCACAAAACUUCAAGGAAGACUUGGCAACUUUGGAGAUACGUCUGCACCGUGGCGGAGUUCAUGUGGUUUACCAUCUGACACACCAUUUCACUGGAAAACUUAGCGGAGGGAGGUUUUAGAAACAUGUUCGGCAAAUGCUCCGUGGUGUUAUUGAACGUCCUCUUUCUGGUGCGGGCGCUCUCGGCUCAUGAGUGCGCGCCGUGUAACCUCCGGACUUGUCCCGUGAAAUCCCCCCACGGCUGCGAGGGCGGCCGGACGGUGGCCAGGGACCCGUGCGGAUGCUGCGAUCAGUGCACCCGGCUGGAGUGGGAGUCCUGCGGCGGCCAGGACUGGGCGCACGGCUAUUGCGCACUGGGGCUGACGUGCGCGUCUGUCAACAAAACCGGAGCUGCCACUAUCCCUGAAAUUGGAGUUUGUAAAGUACUUCCUGACCAUCCAGACGCAGGUCUUGAGGAUGAGCGCUGUCCCCUGAUGACGGGCUGCGACAGAGCAGGAGGUCAGUGUGUGUGUGAUGCCCGUCACUCCUGCUUGGGCUCUUUCACCUACCCGGACCAAGAAACCUGCAUGAAGGCCAAGUCAGAUGGUCGGAGGCACGAGCACCGGGACAGACACAGAGAGAAGUAUGUGGGACCGUCCAACCCGGCGUGUCUGUUCUCUGGCUGCAAUCUGACCGCUGAGGGCUGCGUGUGCGAGUCUCAGAGCUGCCACCACCACUUCGCCUACAUCAACCGCAGCCAGUGCCAGGAAGCCGCAGAGGAGCUGAGGUGUGCCGGGGUCACGUGUCCCGUCCUGCAGGUGCCCUCCUGCCCCAAAGGUUCAGUCCUGACCAAGAGCUACACGCCCCCUGCUGGUUGCUGCCCCUCCAUACCACCCCGGUGCACUUGUGACCUCCGUGCCUGCCACAAGCCCCAGUGCCCGAGUGGACAGCACCCCGUUCCACUCAGCCAGGCCAGCGGUCACCCAGGAGACUGCUGCGAUGUCUUUGAGUGCCAGAAAGUUUCUCCAAAGUGUGUCCACAAUGGAAAGGAUUUCUCUGAGGGAGAGGUGUAUCGCAUGGACCCCUGCUGGCUGUGUCAGUGUCGGGGAGGAAUCUCCUUCUGCUCCAAGGCAGAGUGUGCUGAGCUGGACUGUGAAAACUUCUACAUUCCUGAGGGCGAGUGUUGCCCUGUCUGCAUAGAUGUGGAGCUGCUGUCAAUGGAUAGCACUAAGGCCAGUUGCUGGGUGAAUAACAAGCUGCGAGCCCACGAGGAGCAGUGGAAAGAGGACGACUGCACGUUCUGCCAGUGUGUGGAUGGAGAACCUCACUGUACAGCCAUGGCCUGCAAACAGAGUUGCCAGAACCCUGUGAAGAUCCCUGGAGAGUGCUGUCCAUUCUGUGAAGAGCCUUCGUACGAAACCGUUAGCCCCAUGCUUUGUCCUCCCCUGGAGAACUGCUCCCUGUCAGAAAAUGAUUGCCCCUUUGGAUUCCAUCAAGACAAAAAUGGAUGUCUUCUCUGCCAGUGUCUCAACAAUGACUCCUGCCCCGACCUGGCGAAAUACUGCUCCCUGCAAUGCCCGAUGGGAUAUGAGAGGGAUGAUUUUGGCUGUGAGGUUUGCGAGUGCAGUAUCCCCACGCCCAAGUGCCGACCUCUGACCUGCACUAAGACCUGCCCUUAUGGUUAUGUGAGGAACAAGCACGGCUGUGAGAUGUGUCGCUGCGUCAAGUGUCCUCCCUUCACCUGUGACAAGCACUGCAGCAGCGGCUAUCGACAGAACAGGAAAGGCUGCAACAUCUGCAUGUGUAAAGAAAGCGGCCAUGUCCCAAGCACCACUGUCCCUGCUCCGAUGCCCAGCUACUGCCUCACCUCCAACGGCCACCGAUAUGAGGAAGGCGAUGGCUGGCAUGACGGCUGUCGUGACUGUUACUGCCACUCCGGACGAGAGAUGUGUGUGCUCAUAUCGUGUCCCGUUCCCAGCUGUUCUCACCCUGUCGUCAAGCCUGACCAGUGUUGUCCGACCUGCGAAGAUGAGUCAGGCAGCGGCCAGCCAGAGGGGAUGGACAUGGUGGUGUGCAGAGCCCCUGGAGGGGAGUUUUAUGUGGAAGGGGAGACCUGGAACCUGGACGAGUGCACACGCUGCACCUGCAGGAAGGGACGCGUCCUGUGCGACACUGAAGUCUGUCCCCCGGCUCUCUGCCAGACACCAGUCAGGAACAAGGACACCUGUUGCCACGUGUGCCUAGAUGAGACCCUGAGCCCCUUGCUGCCAGUGAACAACAGCCAACAGGAGUACUGCAUAACCAGCGAUGGAGACGUGCUGCUCGCCGGAGACUCCUGGAAAGCCAACGCCUGCACCAGCUGCACCUGCAACAACGGCACCAUUCAGUGUUUCUCUCAGCGCUGCCCUGCUGCCAACUGCAGGGUGCCCGUUUUGCGCAAGGGCCAGUGCUGCCCACACUGUCUCGACGUGACCACAUCGGUGCCCGUCAUGGUGUCCACAAACGCUCCCAAGACAACAGUCACUACCACAGUGGAGAGUGCCCUGUGGAUCACUACUGUCACUGUGCCAUCCAUCAUUGCUGAAACAGACGAGCCGGGCUUGGGUGAGACUUACCCCAGCCAGACGGAGAUGGCCCUCAUUUACCAGUCAGCCGCAUGGAUCCUGGCAGGACUCCUCCUAGCCAUCAUCAUCUUUCUGGUGGUGGCGCUGCUCAUCAACAAGAAAAAGAAGUGGGUGCAGAUGUCCUGCUACAGUGCACCAAAGAAGACUGUGAUCCUCAAGAAGCAUGUAAACAAGAAUUCCGUGGUCUAUAUGGAGCCCUCCAAGGAGAACAAAUUUCAGAAUGUGAAGAGCGACUGCGGCAUCAUCCACUUCUCUCCGGAGAUGAGCUCCCCCUGCACGGACAAGAUGACCAUCCCCAGGGCCAAGAUGAGCCUGGGCAACGACUGGACGCCGCGCUAAAAAGAAACAAAACAAAAACCCCUCUCACUCUGCAGAUCAGAGCUGUCCGGCACCUCCCACUCUCUCCUGCUGUAUCCCCUGGUGGUUAGUGUAGCAGUGCACACACACCUCGGCCGCUGCCUUCUUCCCACCCUUUUCUUUGUGUGACAGUAAAACCGAGGAUGCUCUCCAUGAGACCAAGCAAGUGACCACUGUUUCUUUCAUUAUGUGUCCAUUAUUCUUCUGCAUUUGGGUGGAGUGACAUGCUGGGAGGUGGAUGGACGGGGUGGACACAUAAAAGGACACAGCCACUCUGGGCUCUGCUUUAAAACAGAGAAGGAGGCCGCCAGAGAGGCUCCUCUCAGACUUUGACUGUGAUCACUGUAUUAUUACUGCUUAUUAUUGCCUCUUUUGAAACUGGAACUUUGGGGCAAUAAGAGGAGCAUAAAAAAGCUUUAGGACAGGGGUUUGGGCUGUAGUUUGAAGGGGAAUAGAUGAUGCUGCCCUCCUAAGAGCAGCAGUGCUUCAUGGAUGUAAUCAUUGUCAUCAGCAGGGAGCCCAAAGGAACUGGUAAUCCUGUUGGAUCAAACUGGGUUCUACAGCCAAAUCACAAGUCAGCAGGCUUUACGUAGACCCCCAGAUCCAAACCCCUGCUUUAGAAUGUGUGGUUUCCAUCUAAGUUUUUGUAUAUUUCUACAGUAUUUGUACUAGAUGUAGUGUUGUUCUUGGCCAUCUCUUGUUUUUAUUAUGGGUGUCUCUGUGGGGCCAGAUUGAAACAUUUUGAAAUGCCAGUCUAAACAUUCCCCCCCAUCCGGUACAGGAAGGACACGCUUCCCAGAUAAUAGCGUUGCUUCUACCUUCAAAUGACCUGAGUCAUUCCAUUCAAAAAUCUCCCACAACAAACCGCAUUUCCUUCAAAUGAAAUAUGUGAACCCACUCUCCAAACUUGUCCGCAACGCAGCAGCCAGUAGUCGUCAUAGCUAUACUCUUUAAGAAGGAAUCAGCCAAGAAUUAAUCUCAAAAACUUCAGAAUGGAAGUGGAGCGAUGCUCAUCCAGGUAGAAUGUGAUUUUAUUGUCAGUAGAGGAGACAAAAUGGUGCCAGAUGCUUCAUCUGGACCUAUAAGGAAUGUUUUUGAUACUAUGCCUCACUUCUUGGGAAUCAGAAUAACCUUAAUAAUCCCCAUAAUUUCAUUCACAGCUGUGUGUGUGGGGAGCUGCUGUUCACACAUGCCAGCGAUGGUUAGUAACAAUUCUUUUUAAAGCCUUAAUUCUAUGGCCUUAAUGCAUUUUCUUUAUCUUGUUUUUAUUAACCGUUUGCCCAUAUUAAGAAAAAAACCCUGUAAUUUAUUCACCCACUGUUAAGAUGAACAGAUUGUGUUGUGCAGUUAUGGUUCUCAUCGGCUCUUCAAAUACAAGAGAAUUAUGAGAUGUGUUGACAUGGAAGUUUAAGGGGAGCUCUUUAGCAUCUGUGCAUGAUGGUACACAUUACAUCAGAGCGCGUUAAAGAGACGUAGCAUUUUUCUUUGGAGCCAGUGUUUUAGAAAGCACCCUGCAGGAUUCUUGGAGGGAUAAAGGCCCUAAUCAGGGAUUUGAUAGGCAUAUUAAGCACACAGAGAUGUUAAACCACUCAAGUGAACAUGCUGUUGCAGCUAGAGGCUCCGUACCAGUCUGAUCAGUAUAGGGAAGGACAGAAUCUGAGAAGCAUUGCAAAACAACCUGGGGUUUCAACAGAAAAAAGUUGGAUCAGAGCUAUCAAUCCAUCGCCAAUAUCUUAAUACAAAGACGAUUUUGAUGCCAAAAUUGGUUAGAGACCAAUUUAUAUUGAAGUGUUUUCGUAACUUGGUAGACUUGUAUCUGUUUGAAUCAUGACUAUGUGCUUUAAAAUGAAGAGGCGACUGUAAAAGCUUACGCAAUUCUUUGUUCUUCUAUGUGUAAAAAAAAAAAAAGUAGUUUAAAUAAGUAGGACAGAAGAGUACCUUAUUUAUUUUUUCACAUAGCUUUAUUUAUUAAUACUAAACUAUAGUUUGACAUUUUUGUUUUUUGAAAAUGAACUUUUAGUAGCCAAAGCUGCUGUACAUUGUAGACCAUUUACCAUUUCUAUCUGCUAUAUUCUAUACAACCUUAUUUAUUUCACUGUUGCAAAUCUUGUAAAUAUGUUUCCUAGAUGAUGAACUGUAACAUUUACACUUUUUUUUGAAAAAUAAAUGUGUGAACCAAA